AUGAUUCCAACACAAGUAAACACCAAUGGGGUGAUAUCAUUUCUAGUGCAAAUAUGGCAGUACACCUCUGAACCAUUCCCGCUAGGAGACAGCAGGCGGUUGAUAGCUCCCUACUGGGCUGAUGUUGACACAAGAAAAGGUGGCUAUGUGAUGUACCGCGAGACUACUGAAAGCGAUAUUCUGCAGCGCGCCACUCUUGAUAUUACCGCUGCCUUCCCACACCUACCUUAUUUCCGUGCUACAUGGGUCUUCAUCGCGACAUGGCACAAUGUAGCUUACUAUGGAAGCAGAAGCAGCAAGAGAAAUACCUUUCAGGCAGUUCUUGUUUCCAACGGAAGGCACAGCUUUGCCAUCUUUAACUAUGGUGACAUAACAUGGACGACUGGUACAGCUAGUGAUGGGGACGCAGAGACAGGCUUAGGAGGAACACCAGCGAAGGUUGGAUUCAAUGCGGGUGAUGGUAUCAGGUUCUUCUGCACCAAUUCAUCGCAAACCGAUGAUAUAGUCAACGUUGAAACAACAUCAAAUGUCAACAUGCCAGGCCGCUGGGUGUUCCGUAUCGACAGCACUGUCAUCCAAAAUGGCGGAUGCAAUACUGAUGGACCAAACACCAUAUCCCCAUUCUUUGGUACUAUGCUGGGUGGAGCACGAGUGUCCAUAUCCGGGCCCUGCUUUCCAGGCGACAACAUUUGGUGCAAGUUUGGGGAUAACGAUCCGGUCCCAGGGUGGUUGGACAGCAACACCACAGCAGUCUGCAUUUCGCCAUUUCUGUCUACAACUGGGAGAAUCCCAUUCCUACUCUCCAUGGAUGAUGGGGAAACAUACGAACAUGAAGCCGUGUACACAUCAGUUGAUCCAGAGCGACUUGUGGCAGACUUACAAGUCACAGAAAACAUUGAUGGGACUAUGACUAUCGAAUGGCGUCCUGAUAGUGUUGAUGGCAAUACAUUAAAUGUGCAUUUAAAUGGAUUUGAUGAAACAACUGGGACCUGGAACACCGUUGCCCAGCUGGCCAGUGGUAUUGCCAACACGGGCAGUUACACAGUUGCCACUGCAGAUGGGUGGAUACCAGUUGCUGUUGUAAAAACUGGCGCUUUUUCUGUAGCUGCUGAAUAUGGACAGACUAGGGUGCUGUAUGGAACGAUUGGGACUUUCCUGGCAGUAGGAACUACAGCAACAACUUUGUGCCAAUCAUGGUACAAUGAAGAUAGUCAGCUUCCCGACUUUCUUGAAGAACUGUCCAGGGAUUUCCCGUGCCCGCGCACUUUAAACCAAGCUCUGGGGGAUACGGGGUCUUUUCAAGCAGACCCAGCCUGUUUCUCCGAGUCAUCAAGCUCAGCAAACUGCUACUACCACCCAGAAGCUCACCAUUGUGUUCGGUCUAUCGGCCAAACGUCUCAGGGCGCUGGUCAGCAAUGUUGCUACACAGCGGACGGUAGCUUGCUGCAGGAUGGGCCCGGAAGAGGAACACCGGACAGGGUACACACGUCGUCCACUCUUCGUCACUUUGGGGCUGACGUCUACCCAUGGAUCGUUUGCUGCAAACUGUCAAGAAACUGCAACCUGUACUUUGAACUAAGACCAGCCAACGAUGGAACUGGCUACGUAUUUCCAUGGCCAGCAUGGACAUUUGGUGAUCCCCACUUCAUCACUCUUGAUGGCGUUUCGUACACCUUCAAUGGAGCUGGAGAAUUCCUGUUGCUCGAUGUAAAUAACGGACAAUUCCGUGUACAAGGCCGGAUGGAACAGCUAGUGGACGAUGGUGGUUCCGCUGUGAGUGCCACGAUCCUCACCGCCUUAGUAAUGAAGGAGAAUUCAUCGGAAACUGUGCAGGUACAGCUGAGUGAAGUACGCACUAUGGACGUCCUUGUUGAUGGCCAGCUGAAGGACUUCCAGGAACUAACAGUACAAGAAUUUAAUGGUUUUGUGGUGACUGUGGAGACUGCUACUGAAGCUUCAAUCUCCUUUAACUCCGGCAUCGGGGUGGCAGUUCGCGCAGUGGAGGACAUGCUGUCCAUAGCCGUAACUCUGCCACGCUUCGCGAGAGGCAACACAGUCGGGCUGUUAGGGAAGUGGAACGGAGACCCUGCGGAUGACCUGACCACGCCAGAUGGUGCUGUUGUUUCCGCCAAUAGCAGCACGCAGGACAUCCACUACCAGUUCGGAUUACCUUGGAUGAUUGCUGAAGAGGACUCCCUUUUUACCUAUGGACCGGGAGUAAGCUACAGCAGUGUUACUGACGAAGGAUUUACUCCCACAUUUGAAUUACCGUCAGUUGAUCCAGAGUUUCAGGCUGCUGCUGAAGAUGCUUGUGGUAGUGACAACCAGGCCUGUCUGUUUGAUGUUCUGACAACAAGAAGGUUAUCGGUAGCAAAUGUGUCCAUCCGAGCUAUCGAAGAGUACACAGAACAAGUGGAAGAAUUGUUAACCUGUGAUGUACUGGACCCUCCUGAUGUCGCUGGUACCCUGGUCAUCUCUAACUACUCUGUCGGUUCGGUUGCUACCUUCCAAUGUGAAUACGGGGUACUCGCCACGCCCUGGGAACGGGUCUGCCAAUCAGAUGGAAGUUGGAGUGAUGCCCCUCCUCCUGGCUGUGUGUUUCCAGAUGGAGGGUGUUCUGUGCUCCACCCAGACUUCCCUAUUGAUACCUUUGCCAUCUACGACAACCGCUGUCACUGGUUCUCUAGGGACAUCGACAAAACGGACUACGCGACUGCAGAACAGUUCUGUGAGUCUCGCGGGGGCAGACUGGUCACAAUAAAGAACUCUGCCAAGCAGCAAUGGAUUGAAAACUACAUUACCAGGAAUGUCUGGAUCGGUUUGAAAGACCGCCACACUGAGAAGUCAUUCAUGUGGAGUGACGGUACCGCGUUGAGCGACGGUGACUACACCAACUGGCACAAACGACCGAAGCACCACAAGCGCCGGGACUGCGUCAUCAUACAUCGUGUUCGUAAGGAAUGGGCUGUGGUCAACUGCAAGAAGAAGCGAAACCGUUUCAUCUGUGAAAUGGAGAACGCCAUCGUCUAAAUACCUAGGGCAACGAGGACCGUCACUUCUGAAGAGUACAACCGUGUUAAGUGAAAAAAAGGCCCAAAAGAUUUACCAAAAAGACAACCUUUAAUUACUUGAUUAUACUUAACAGUUACUUGAUUUCAUGGAUGACAUCCCCUAGCGUAUCAAAAUCUCAACGGUUAUCUUGAUAUGAUACAUAUCAUCACCCCAGA